CCCACCUCCAUGUUGACUUUAUUCUCCAAGGCGCCUCCCACUCCUCCUCCAGAAAACGCGGAUGUUAUUCCUUGCACCGGCAUCGAUCUUGCUGCGCGACGAAUGGUCGUCACCACAGGCUUGAUUGUUGACUGCAAGCUAGAUCCAAACAAGCUCCAAACAACACUAGCCUCAUUAGUCGAACACAAAUUUCCGAGGGCAGGAGCAAGGCUUGCGUUCAGAAAUCAAGUCUGGGAGUUCCAUGUACCGCACCAAUUCGACGAAACUACGCCACCGAUAGCGUUCACAUCGCAUGACUAUGCAGAGCUUUAUGCAAGCUCGAGCCGUCCCCAUAUCGAACACAUCAGGCGAUCUUCCUCACUAGAGCCUUUUGUUUGUGACCUGCCGAUCCUGGACAGCUUUCUUCGCUCACCGAACUGCCCAAAAACAACGGACGGUUACUUGGCCCCAAACACGCCUCUGCUUCAAGUCCACGUGUCGACCUUUGAUGACCUCACUUUCCUUGGUGUCACUUCCACGCACAUUCUACUUGAUGCUGUAGGAACUGGUCAACUUCUACGGGCUUGGACGCGCCUUCUGGAUGGCGAAGCGCUCGAGGAUAUACCGGGAAUGCCGAGAGAUUUACAGCCCUUCGAGCCACUAACGCUAACAACGACGAAUGAGACCAAUAUACCCCAUAUGCGUGGGUGGUACAAGUUAGGGCUCUUCAGCACUUGCUUGUUUUUGGUAAAUUUUCUAUGGAGGCUCUGGCGCGAGCCUAAGGAGGAGGUGAAACUUGUCAGAGUGCCCAAAAUUUUCCUGGAACGGAUGAAGAAGGAAAUCUUAGAUCAAUUGGCCGCACACGCUUCAGAAGAGUGGGUAGGCAGCUCAGAUGUGAUGCUUGCUUGGUGGUACAAGACAAGCUAUAAUCAUCGGUUUGACUUGACCCGUCUGCAUGUCCACCUACCUGUGAACUUGCGCGACAUAUCCUUCUUCUCAAGCCCAGAAUUCGGAGACGAGCUAAAAAAGUCUGUCCACCCCAUAUAUCAACAACGCCGUUGCAUCCAUCGCAGUUCCACCACUCCCCAUCUCAGUGUUGCGCAGGUCCCCUAUUUCCCACACUGCCCUUCAUUUUCGACGAGCUAUACUUGCCUAUCACGCCGAUACCUCUGGGAUCGCGGCGGACAUCCGUUGGCGUUGUUCCUAUCCACUUCGAGCUCUAAUGCCAUGCCCCCCUGGAGCAGAAUAUGCUAUACAGUCAAGUUGGCGCAUGGCCCGGUUAUCUGA